AUGAUAUACAACAAACCAAGUGAAUUCCACUACUUACCGCCACCUAAUCAUCUCGAAUCACCACAUCAUCGGCACCAUCACCACCACCAACAACAACCCCAACAUCAACAACAGCAACAACAAUAUUCAGUCUCUCAACAACAUCAAAAGGAUUACGGAUCUAUACCUGGAGGGACAACUACAGCAAAUGCUGGUUACUUACCUUCACUUUCUCAUCAGAGUAUUCCUACUUAUCAAAUGGAAACAUCUCAUAUACCACCUCAAAGCUUACCCUACGGCUAUCAACAACAACAACAGCAACAGCAGCAACAGCAGCAGCAUCAGCCUCAGCAAUAUCCUUUCUACCGAGCUGCUCCUCAGGGAACUACGUACCAAUACUCAUCAUACACCAAUGGCUCCUCUAAUAUACCCCCCAAUACAGUCAACAACUCCAACACCAACAAUAGUAACACAACCAAUACAACUAAUAGACGGGGCCCAUGGUCUCCAAUGGAAGACAAGAAACUACUCGAGCUUAUAUCAUUGUAUGGAGCUACUAAUUGGGUAAGAAUAGCCAACACUUUGGAAACUCGUACCCCAAAGCAAUGUCGAGAAAGAUAUCAUCAAAAUUUAAAGCCUAGUUUAAAUAGAGCACCAAUUACAGUUGAAGAAGGGGAAUUGAUUGAGAAACUAGUGACUCAAUAUGGGAAGAAAUGGGCUGAAAUUUCUCGUCAUUUGAAUGGAAGAUCAGAUAAUGCCAUUAAAAAUUGGUGGAAUGGUGGAGCUAAUAGGAGAAGAAGAGCUAGUUUGGCAACAACUACAAGCUCAAAUAAUAGCAACAGUAAUAAUGGACUGCAUCAAUCUUAUGAACAGGUUGCACAACAACAAGGGCAACAACAGCAGCAACAGCAACAGCAAGAACAAUACCCGAAUUUGUCAUCACACAGUGAAGGCGAAGUAAAACCAAAAACUGCGUCAACUUUACCACAACCUCCUCAACCUCAACACCAACAGUCUCAACAGAUGCAACCUCACUACAAGGCUCCUCCCAUGGGGAUAUCAUCCAGCUUAUCCAGCUUAAACAAUACCUAUUCGUCGUCAAAUCUUAACAAAUUGCCAGAAGCUACCACUACUACUCCUAUGCAUCUACCACAAAUUUCAUUCAAUACCUCGAUGUUUGGUGGCGAUAAUAAACAACAAGGUGAUUUCAAGACAUUACCUAGUAUAAACAGUUUUGCCACGGGAAAAUCACCACUUCUUCCAGCAUUACUAAACCAUAAUGAAACAAGAUCGGCUAGUUUUGAUACAGGAUCGACUGCUGUUGCAGCAGCAGCGGCAGGGGGUAAAUUACCACUUCCAAACACUACACUACCACCAAUUUCCCAUAGUAACAAAAGACGCUUAAUUGAUGAUUCUGCAAGUUUCACUAAUCGUCGUCAUUCAAGUGCUCAUGCCAUGUUGAUGCAAGCACAUGUUAAUGGAUCACAUUCAAACUUGGCUCAUAGUUUCCAUCAAUCACCUGGACAAGGACAAAGACAAACUCGAAGCGGUAAUGUUCUGCCUUCAUACCAUGGAUCUCCAUUAAUAUCAGGUUCAUUAAACUCGAGAAGUAAUUCAAUGACCCAUUUCGAGUUAUUGAAUCAUAAUCAUAAUGGUGGUGACAACAACGCCAACAUAAAGGGUCUUACGUCUUCUCCUAUUACCACAAAUAGUAUACCUUCAAGACGAUCAAGUUCAAUAGUUUCCGAUAUGGCUCAUUCAUCAUUUGGUAAUAAAGCCAGUAUUGACUAUUCCUUCAAUGGUGGUACCCAUAGACGUAACUUGUCUCAAAAUUCGUCGUUCAAUUCACCAUUACUUACUCCAUCAACUAGAUUUUCCAUAUCGUCAACUACGUCCUUAAUGAAUCAUCAGUUGACAACAACUACAUCUCCUAAUCAUAAACAUAAUGAUUUUUACUCCAAGAAUAGGAGUGGUAGUGUUUUUAAUGGAGUCGUUCAAAAAGAGCAAGGUGAAAUUGCCAGGCGUGCAAGUAAUGAUGUGAAAAUGGGUGAUGGUGAGGAAGAGAAGAGGGACGUUGUACAAAAGGAUGAUGAGAGUGAUCAUGACACAACACCCAAGUUUUCCAGUGGCGGUGUUCGUGAAGGUACUAAAUCUCCUGAUUCAGAAACUAGGAAAAUGUCAGUAGCUGCGCUACUUGAAUAG